AUGGCUUCAGCGUUCGGGACCGCCUCCACUUGCGGCAUCAAGCCUGCACCUGCCGGCGUUGCGCUUGCUGCGCCCAAGAAGCACCUUUCCCUCGUUUCGACCUCGCUGGUUUCGCUUCCGCGCAAGGUGAGGCCCCAGAGGAAGUGCAGCUUCAGAGUAAACGCCGCAAAGGAGCUGCACUUCAACAAGGAUGGCUCGGCUAUCAGGAAACUGCAAAAUGGGGUCAACAAGCUUGCAGAUCUCGUUGGGGUUACUCUUGGACCAAAGGGACGAAAUGUAGUCCUCGAGAGCAAGUAUGGCUCACCUAAAAUUGUCAAUGAUGGUGUCACUGUGGCAAAGGAGGUUGAACUUGAGGACCCUGUCGAAAAUAUUGGUGCUAAAUUGGUCCGCCAAGCUGCUGCUAAAACAAAUGACUUGGCUGGUGAUGGGACAACCACUUCGGUCGUCCUUGCUCAAGGGAUGAUUACCGAGGGUGUAAAGCUGCUGGUGCAAAUCACCCGUGGUAUUGAGAAAACAGCCAAAGCGCUAGUCAGCAAACUCCAAAAGAUGUCCAAGGAGGUUGAGGACAGUGAGCUUGCUGAUGUUGCUGCAGUCAGUGCUGGAAAUAACUAUGAAAUUGGGAAUAUGAUAGCUGAGGCUAUGAAAAAGGUUGGGCGGCAGGGAGUGGUCACACUAGAAGAAGGAAAGAGUGCUGAAAAUAACCUUUAUGUUGUUGAGGGAAUGCAGUUUGACCGUGGCUAUAUUUCUCCCUACUUUGUAACUGACAGUGAAAAAAUGACAGUCGAGUAUGAGAACUGCAAGCUGCUCCUUGUGGAUAAGAAAAUUAACAAUGCCAGAGAUCUUAUCGCUAUCCUGGAGGACGCUAUUAGAAGUGGAUAUCCAAUUCUAAUUGUCGCAGAGGAUAUUGAGCAGGAAGCUCUUGCGACCCUUGUAGGCUUAGAGGCUACUGAACAAGAAUAUGAGAAAGAAAAACUAAACGAGAGGAUAGCUAAACUCUCUGGUGGUGUUGCUGUCAUUCAGGUAGGAGCACAGACAGAAACUGAGCUUAAGGAAAAGAAACUGAGGGUUGAGGAUGCCCUGAAUGCUACAAAGGCAGCAGUUGAGGAAGGUAUUGUUGUCGGUGGUGGCUGUACCCUUCUGAGGCUUGCAUCAAAAGUUGAUGCAAUUAUAGAAACCCUUGAGAAUGAUGAACAGAAGAAGUCCUUGAGCUAUCCACUUAAAUUGAUUACAAAGAAUGCAGGUGUUAAUGGCAGUGUGGUUACUGAGAAGGUUCUUGCCAAUGAGAACUUCAGGUAUGGGUACAACGCGGCUACAGGGAAGUAUGAGGAUUUGAUGGCUGCUGGUAUCAUUGAUCCCACCAAGGUUGUGAGGUGCUGCUUGGAGCAUGCUGCGUCGGUGGCGAAAACCUUCAUCACCUCUGAUGCCGUUGUCGUUGACAUCAAGGAGCCUGAGCAAGCACCUGCUCCUGCAAACCCAAUGGGUGGUGGCUCAGGUUUUGGGUUCUAA